AUGAGUCACCUCUUCGUUCUUUCCGAUUUCAUCGAUGCCAUCGAGGAGUUGGAAAGCCCAACAGCGACUCAAACCGUACCAAUACUUUCACAUACUACGCGUCCGUUCACAUGGAUUUCUCGAAUGCUACUUCUUGGUAACAAUGAAACGAACUCGAUAGAUGAUGCCACAAUGGAAGCACCAAACGAAUUCCCACUUGAGCCACUUGGGCCUCAAGACAAUGCACAAAAUUCUAGUGAAAUCAUUGAGCAAGAGCCAACCAAGACAAAACGAGGGGAAAUUGGUAUUCCUCAGAUUUCUGUGGAUAUGGAAGAGAAUCGGGAGAGGGCUUUUUCUGAAAUGGCUCGUUCUCCGCCACACCUGUUCUCUAUCGAAGAAGAUAAUGAUAAUCCCUCACAUCAAGCUGCUCAAGAAAGAAAUCCUUUAUUGGGCGAGAGACGGGCCACCUCGUUGGAAAUGUUUGACAAGAAAAACGCGAAUCUUUCCGAUCGAGAGCGCAAUCCAUCCGCUAAAUCAGCCAUUUUGACACAUACAAACAGUGGAUCCAGUUUACCGAAUCGAGCAGCUCAACGAAAAUUUUUUGCAAAUACACCGAAAAAAAAGGAAACAAACAAAUAUCACACGAAUGCUGAAAGAAUUCUUUCUGUCAUUAAUCAUUACAUGGGACUUGUGAUUCAAAAACAUAAAAUCGAGGAUUUGCACGAUAGAAAUUUGGCAGAACUUUUGUGCUAUGCUUUCUAUGGACAUCGAGAUACGUUUGCUAAAUGGAAAGAGUGCAAGGCUCCAUUGUACUCGGCGCUUCUCGUCAUUUUCGUUUCAGAAAAAUUGUGGUCACGCUUUGAUUACAUCUAUGAAAGUGACGUCGCUGACAUCUUCAUGAGUCAGAAAAAAAAAUUCGAUGAAGCAAGCAAAAUGCUCUUAGAAGUGUGUCAUUCGGCGGACUUCAAAAGAACACGAGAAUUGCUGUGCGAGCGCUACAUUCCAAGUGAGAAAAUGGACUCAAACGGUGGAACACUUCUCGGUUUGGCGAAUAUGGGUAAUGCUGAAAACUUUUUCUCGCAUAAGAGCUGCCAACGAAUCGUGGAAGAUCGAUGGAAACCUGGAUUUCGUUGCAACAAGAAGAUAUUUUUCUUUACUUUUUUAUUCUUUGGCCUACCACUUCUAUUCUCAAAGAGUAUUAUUCAUUUUACUGGAGAGAAAUAUCAAUCAAGAUGGCAACGUUUCCUUGCAUUUCAUGGCUCUCCUUGCGGGAAAUUUGCUUGGCAUACGUUUCUCUAUGCCAUAUACGUGAUCGUUUUUGGCUUUUAUGUUCAACAAGCUCAUAAAGUUGACAAUGUAAUGAACGUCUUCACUGUGUGGGCUUUACUGAUGCUCGUCUGGCAGGCCUUGUUUUUUGUUGAAGCUUGUAUUGAAUUCAUAUUACAAGAACGUGGGAAACAGGCUUUCAAUAGUACGCUAUCUCAACACCUCAAAGUCAAUCAUUUCCAUACGAUUUUGCAUUUUUUGAUUGUUGUCGUGAAUAGUGUGUUUCUCAUCGCGGCUUUGUUGAUUGAUAACGAGCGAGCUAUCUCAUUGAACCUUCAGGAAUUAGUGACUGCAAAAGUGGAAAAUGUGACGAUGCAAGAAGUGCUUAGUAGAGAAAACAAUAAGGAAUCCAACCAAUCGAUCACUGCUGUAAUUCGACUUUUCUUGUUAUCGGCUUCCGAGGUCACAUUUCUUGUCUCAUUCGUUUUUUCGGCUAUUCGAAUGCUUCGUGUCUUCACCGUGGAUCCAUUUUUUGGUUCUAUUGUGAUGACUAUUCGCAGAAUGGUUCAACUCUUUGUUUAUUUCUCGGUAAUUCUGGCUGUAUUUUGGAUUGUGUAUGGAGUUUGUCAGAUUGCUUUACAAGGUCGAAAAGAAGAGCACAGUGUUAUUUGGCAGAUCUUUAGUAAUGGUGCUUUCGAAAUUUUCGGAGAACUUGAAACUCCUUUGAAAGAAGGUAGCAUUUUGGGUUGUAAUGUUUCUUUCAAGUGGGAGAAAUUGCAGGAUUUCAGUGGACAAUCAGUUCAAUGUGCCGUACGCAGCUGGCUGGUUCCACUGGUGCUCUUUUUGUACACUCUCACAUCGUCAAUUCUCGUCAUCAAUAUUCUCACAACACUUAUCAAUCAACAAUAUGAAGAGGUGAGCGAUCGAGCUGAACAGAAUUGGCGUUCGUUGAAGUAUCGAAGGAUGGUCGAAUAUGAGAUCAAAAUGUUCUUCCCACCACCACUCACUCCACUUAAUCUCAUCUCAAACUUUCUCAAAAGGUUAAAAGCAGUAAAAGUAAAAGAAGAUGAAGAUCAUCAAAAACCGGCAAAGUAUUUUUAUUGUGAUAAAGAUCCAGAAAAAAGCCAAAAAAAAGGAACUGGAGAAAAAAACGAAUUGAAUUUGUUAACGGGUAAGGCGCCGAUAAAAGAGCUCACUUUGCGAGAAUUCGAGGGAGAAGCACGCACUGACUUUCUCAUGGAUCUUGCUGAGGAAAUUGAGCGUCGAAAUAACGUGUGCCAUGCAUCUCACGAAUGUCAUGAAAAGAGGAAACGGGUUCUCUCGGUCAGACAAUUCAUG